AUGGACGAAUGCGAACGCCUGUUCCUUGAGAAGAUCGCCGUGGCAGAGACGUAUCCUGACUCCUUGAUACGCCAGGACGAGCGACGCCCGGCGCUUCGGUCCUGCCUCGAGCACUACGCAGCAAACAAAGACGCAAUAUUUGACGGGCCUCCGUCGAGGAUCGAUACGCCGUUGAUCAUCAUAGACUUUGACGACGCCGAGUCAUGGAGCAAAGAAGAGGGGCCGAGACGGGUGAAUUUGCACAUCAUCCGUAACGUAAUUGGGCUGCGCAGGAAGCUGGCGUGGCCCAGCCCGUCCGAGAUUACGAUGGAAUCGGCGACGCUCGGGAGGGAUCCGGCUCUGAGAAUAGUGCUACUGGAACGCUUGAGCCCGACGUCGCUGCUGCUCAACCUCAGCGAAAAGGUCCUGCUGGAGCUCCUGACGUAUCACCAGGUCCCGUCCUGCCUGCUCAACUUCCUCACGAGCGGCGGCGAGUCGUGGAGUUUUGCGAGCAGCAUGCGCUUCGCUGGGUUUCGGGGCACGACGAGCCUGGCCUCUAAACAGGGCGCGGCUGUGCCGAAUCUUGGCCGGAGCGGCUCGCACAUUCAGCUCUGCUUCACAAUGUUCAGCAUGCGGAGGUACCCCCUCCACGCGUGGCCCAAGGGCGAAGACCCCAGCAAGACGCCGCGUUGGCAGCCCCACGCGGCGGCGGUGUACGUCCACUUUGACGUUGUCGAGGGCACGGCGGUCUGGCUGCUCACGAGCCCGCGGAGCUACCACCGGGAGAAGGGGAAAGGCACGCAGAAUCUCCUGUGGGAUACGGUCAAGGAGAGGUUCGAGGGGACACUGGAGGGGAUGAGCGCUCUAGGGGUGGCCGACCGGUUCCGGAUCAGUCUGGAGAGCCUCCUUGCUGUUGUCGAAUGGGCUGUGGAAGAGCUGUCGCCGCAUUUCCAGGAUCUGGAACUGCAUCUGUCGAAACUGACAAAGCCGUACCUGCAUCCCUUUGGCGACGAAGACGACGCGCAGACGGAUGCCAUCCACGAACUAGAUCUCCGUCGCAUGGCGUUCCUCAUGGAGCAGCGUCACCGCAGCGCCAUGAGGGUCGACAGCAACCUCCGCGUCCUCCGACGCCUCCGAGAAUUUCUCACUGAACAGGUUAGCGACGAGCUGGACAGGCUUAAUCUUCGCCACGCAGGCGAGAUGCAGGCGCACUUGGACAAGUUCAAAGGCGAGCUAUCGUCAGCGAUGGAGGAGAUGGAGGACUUGAUGCAGCGGGCGCAGGCUCUGGACCAGCUGGCCGGGAACCGAGAGGAAUACAUUCAACGGAUGCAGACGCACCAUGCGAACCAGCAGAUGAAAUCCAUCGCCGAGUUGACCGCAGAUGACUCGGCCGCAAUGAAGCAGCUCUCUUUCAUAGCAUUGAUCCUGCUGCCAGUGACUGUCGUAUCGACCGUCCUGAGUACAGACAUUGUAAAGUUUCAGGACCUUCCGAACGAAAACGAAAGCGCUUCUGCCGCCGGGGAGGGUCCUCCCGACGCGCCCGUCCCGGCGUACAGCUUCUCGGUCGCGGCGUUCGGGACGUGGGCCGUCGCGAGCCUGGUCAUGACGGUCGUCACCCUCGCCAUCGUCAAGCCGCUGGGUGGAAGGCGGGGUACGAACAAGAGGACCAGAUUGCGGCUCCCGCGGCUAUCGAUGCCUUGGAAUCUUGGAGGCGCGGUUCACACGGGCGAGGGGCAGACGACCACGCCACCCGAGCCAAGCCCGGUUGCACGCUCGAUCCACACGGCGCCGGCGGUGGGCAAGACGGCAUCACAGUGUCCAGAAACUCCGGUAGGGGGCUUGGGGGACCCUGUGGCGGUGGCAGACGAGCAGGACAAGAGAGACGACGUCGACGGCGGCGGCGGCGGCGGGGACUGGUCUACCCCGUUGAACCGUAAAAGACAAAAGGAAGCGCCGUUGUCCGAACGUUUGAUGGUGGUGGGCAGAGAAACUGGUUGA